ACAUUUAUGACGUACGUACUUCAGCACAAUCAGAGAAAGGAAUUCCUAAAUAGUGCAAGUUGUCACCGACCAAGGUUACUUGAGGAAAACACAGUUAUUCGACGGUUUGUGGUCCGUAUGUGCUCUGCAUUGACGAAGAAAAAAAACAGCGGUGGUCUUUAUUUGUACAGAACACGCAUAACUUAAACGUGAGGACUGAUGACUGAGUUCCAAACUGCAAGUUCACCGUCGAUGGUCUCUUCACACCUGAAUAGAACGACGGUGCAACAUGGUGGAACUGAGAGCGGCAGGCAUGGCAGCUGAAGAACGGACAUGGUACUCUGCGUUUGUAACGACAGGAGCACACGUCCAUCAACAGUUGUGGUCUUCCUGUUUGUGUUCUUUUCAAAGCUCUUGAAUUGGCGCCUGAACUCAUUUUGCCAUCACCUGUUGAUUAGGAGGAAAGAUGGUCAGGAGUGUUCAGUGGUAGUGACAUGCUGGACUAACACGGAUCGGCAACAGAAAGUAGACUCAUCAGAGAUUCCAGCUAUUGAGUGUUUCCUUCCUCGAACUUGUCCUAGGGACUAUAAGGACAGUUAGGAAUUUUAGGAACAUUCCAACGUAUGAACACUUGCAGAGGAUCAAAAUCUGGAAAAUCAAUUGGAACAUCAAGCACCAAAAUGGAAUAAUUUUGCUGCAGAGUAAUACAAGCCUCGUGACAGAAUAAUCUCUCCUGAGCAGAUCUUUUUUUCAAUUGGCUGUGCAUGGCCACUUCAGGCGAAUUCACCGGGCAGAUUUGGAGUGUUUUGAAAAUCAGGUUAAUGCUACAAAAAGUAUAAAACCCCAACUUAUCAGGGGGUCUUGGAAUGGCUGUGCUUGACUGUUGUCAUUCUCAUCUCUUCCACCCAAUUGGAUGGUGACUUGAGACCACAUUGGUCACGAUAACCUCAGGUGAUAAGAGGUUUUCCACCAGCGGGACAUACUUGGCUAUAUUCACUGCCCAGGAAAGAGAGGGGAAUAUUUAUAUUUAUUUGGAAAGCGCUACUGUUUUGUCUUGUUGUCUUGGGCAAAUACGCACUUUGCAUGUUUGCAUUGACGAUAAUGAAAGCAAACAAGCCAUAGAGCCUGUGUUGGGGGCGAUGGGGUCUCGCAGCAGGUUCUUUGCCAGCCAGUGUUCCCUGACGAGUUGUCAAUACUGGCAGGCAGCACACGACCACCACACGGUGCUGAAUCACCAGAUAUGGCCAGUGCACGAGGACGACGUGCGAAUGCUGUGACGAACAGGGACAGUGCCAGCAUGGAGGGCCCAGGGACUCCUCAGACGCAGGCCUUGCCUUCCAGAAUUCCUGCCCCGACAUGGAGAACAACAGCCAAAGUUAAUGGAACUGAUGCAGCAGCAGCGAAGGUAACAGUGGGUACCCCCAGAUCAGGUAUUCGUGCUCCACAGGUGCGGACCAACCCACGGGUUAUGAGGCAGGGAGUGCACAGUAAAGCAGACAGCAAAAGCUCCAAUGACUCCCACUCGGCGACAAGUCCAAAAGUGUCCAGAUCAGAGCUGGAAUUUGAAGGGGUUGGGGCCGUCUCACGGGAGAAUCUGUCCCCCCUCUCGCCAUCCACAACUCUCACCCGGCAGGGGGCUUUCAGAUACGGGCGUGGAGUCAAGCCACUUGAGGUUCUCAAUUUUGGAUCAGGAGCGUCAACCGUGCCUCGGAUGCGGCCCAAAAAAGUCAGAGACCCAAGGAACUUGGGUGAGGUGUUUGAAACUCCCUCAAAGGAGGAUGUGGGGAAAUCGCAAGCCUCAAAAAAAGAUGAACGGCCAAAACAUGACCAGUCUACCACCUCAACAAGAAAGAUUUCUCAGAGGCCACAAAGUCUCGGAAGGGUCACUGGAAUCAGGCAAAUCUCCCAAGAGAGCGUGGAUAGCAAGAAGAGCCAGCAAAUAGAUCCUAAGCCAGCAGGUCCUAGAAUAUCUAAGGGCAUCAAAGGGGGAACUGGUCGUUCAAGAGGGACUGAUGUUAAAAGUGAAAUUAAAAGUCCUGAAUUGCUUGUCAAACGUCAACCUCAAAACACUGCAACCUUGGAAGAUUCAGGUUGCCAGAAGCAAAUAAACAGAACUGUAAAACAAUCACAACCGUCUACUAGCAGAGCAGCAGCUGAUACAAAGGCCAUUCCUAUACCAACAAGGUCUGUAAAAACAGAGCAAAAGACAACAGAAAUAUCUCCCAAGGCACCACCCAGAAGGCAACGUACUCUACCGUCAGCAACUAACGGACUGUCAGCAAGUCGGACUCCUAUUUCGAAAACUUCAAAAUCCUUUCAGGAAACAGGUAGCACAGGAAGUUCAUCUGGCACUCCCACUCCACCUCCAAGACACGCCAAGCCUGCCGGUACCAAUUCAGCCAGUCCCAGACCCAUCCCCACAAACAUACCCAGGCCUCAGAGUCUAAGGCGCAGGGCAUCGCAACAACCGGGACCGACGCAGUCCAUGCUGUCCCCCAGGAACUCGCUCCCAGCUCCCACCAGUGUCAGACUCUCUGACAAGCCGUCUCUAAGCUUCCCACAAGGCGGUGGGUGCCGCAACCCCGUAGCUGCAACAAAGAGCAGCGACGAAAGGCAGAGGUCACAUUCCGCCAGCCAGAUUCCGGUCCAUGUCUUGCGCCGGUCCAGCCUUCCCCCAAACCGACCUGUCAAGCUGAGGCCCAGGGCUCCCCAGUCAGACAGGCCAAGCUUGAUGUUCCGGCUGAGUUUGGACGGGGCAGACAGUGGCACGGAGAACUCGUCCUCACUCACCACCACACCGUCUGAGUGCUCAGUCGACGUUGACCAGUCGUACGAGGAAGGAUCCCCAGUUAGCCAAACUGCACCUUCAAAGUUUUACUCAAUAUCAGGGCUCGGGCUUAAACCCAAAGACACAUCCACAUCAGGGGAUAAAGAAAACAUGGAGUUGGAAGAUUCAGCAAAGACUGCAACAGAUAACUCGCCCGUGGAAGUCAUGGAGAUUUCACAACUAACAACAGGCACUGAUGAAUGCCUUGAAGAAGAAACUGUCACUCAUUCACCAUCCUCAUUGACUGUCCUGGUCUGCCAAGAUCAAGAAAAGACAAUGGAAGAGUUUCAUUUUGAUAACGAUGAGUCCACCACACCCAAAAAUGAGAACUCAGACUGUGCUACCUCAGAGAUAAAACUACCCGAAAAUGAGACUGUACUCUCGGGAAUUUCUCCACCAAAUCUUUUUAACAGUACAGAAAAAGUUAGUCGGCAAAAAUUAAUUUGUCCCGUUGAAGUGGUUGAUCCUGUGGAAUUGUUACACAGCAGCAGCAAUUCUAUUGACAGAGAUAAAUCAGUGGACCAUUCCUGUUCAAGUAUUAGUGAUGCAGAAAGGACCUUUGAAACCUCCUCCAGAACUGUCCUAAGUCAACAGUCCAAAGUGAGUUCCUCACAUAGAAUUAGUGUAUUCCUCAGAGGCGAACCCGGUGCAGAGCCUCCAAAAGCCUCCACUUUUACCCAGAGCAGGCGAGGGAGAGAGAUAGCCCUGAAGGUUGCCCGGGGAGACCUCAAGGCCAGCUCGGUGGAUGGCGACGGGGAAACCUUGUUCGAGGCUGUCACCGGUAAGCACCAGAGUGGAAAGAACGUCACUGGAUCUCGUCAGGUUUCUGCAGAGAAGGCAACCAAAGAGGACCUCAAGGCUAAUUCUGUGGACGGAGAUGGGGAAAUCUCACAUGCAGUUGCAACGGCCAUCCGCAGGACUGGGGAAGACCUCAGAGAACCACAUGAGAAUUUACCAGUUCCAUCCAUGGUCGCAGCUGACAAAGAAAUGCCAGAAUCAGAGGGAACCGCCUGUAGCUCAGGUAAACAAGUGAGCACCGUUGCCCGUCGGAAUUCUAGGCGGAGGAGAAAAAUAUCUAGCGUUGAGUCGCCGUAUAAAGCUUUAACCUCAACGGAGACUGUUUCAAAGGAUGAUCUGCCCAGUGAAGGUGCCUCCUGUAUCAGCGGGUCGACAAUCCUGGAGAAGAUGAUGGACACUGAGGAGGCCAUCCCAAGACCUAAUCAUCGGAAGGACUCCUUUCAUCUGCACAAGGAGAACUCGGAGGUGGAGCAGCGCUACUUGCAAUCUUGCUCGGACCCACUCAAGCUGCUGGAGUUCCUGAUGAGCGUGGAGGAUCCUCCCAAGGGCGAAGCUUGCAAGGCGGCUAGGGAGGAGGCCGUGGUGGUGAAGCGGAGGGCAAAGUCGGACGUCCAGAGCCCCGGCCAGUUGGCUCAAUCAUCGAUGGUGGCCAACCGGUGGAGCAUGCCGUCCACCCUGGAGCAGUGGUCCCACAGUUUCUGGGCUCAGCUUACCGGCAAUGGCAGGUCGGGCCAGGACAGUCGCGCCAGCAACCUUGAAGUCACCAGUGUCUCAGAUGGUGGGGUACCAGCUACACCUGUAAUGCCGGGUUUGAACAGCAAAACGAAUCGCACACCAGGUGAACUGGAUAGAAUUAACGAGGCAGGGAGUUCAUCAAAGCUUUCAUCCUCAGGGGGAGCACGAGAUUCUUUUCAAAACAGGACCUUAAGACCAGACACGAACGAACCAUUGCGUAACCAUCGAUGGAGCACACCACUAGGGAUAGGCAGCAUGCUGCCCUCUAUUGACAGAACAGAGCCUGCUAAAACUGCUGAAAAGCUUGCCGGACCAUCAGCCAGUUUGAAGAAAAAUGCAGAACCAGCAUUAAAACGCAAAAACUGGUGGCGCUGGAGUCUACCAGUUCCCCUGCGGAAGUCCCCUCGCUCUUCGCUUCAUGCCAAAGAGCCCAACUCUGAACACCAUCCCCAGCAAGCCCAACUGUGCCCUUCCAGCCAAGAGGACAAGGAACACACAAAAGCAGCAGCGGCAGUGAACUCUUGUAAGACAGAGAAGCGUGCUCCUUCCUUCUCUGAUAUCACAGAUGCCGCUGCCCCAUCCUCAAGCGUCAUCAAAGUGUUUGUCGACAGCACCUAUGUGGAGCAGAACAGCAGCCUCUGUCACUUCCAACCCACCGGGUCCCCUCCUGCAGGAGCACUUACCUCGGACCAAGAACACCUCCUGAGUGCACCGGCAAUGACCAGAGCGUCAGUUUCCUCAGAGACUCAAGAUGAGGCCGCAGCCUCUUUAGUGGUGCGGAGGGAUGGCAGCACAGCCUCUUCUGAGCUGAAUCUCAAGAAGCGGUUGUCAUGGAAACGGGAGAAGAGCCUGGAGACAGUCUGCUACCUGGAGAGGGUCGAUUCCAGUGAGUUGACUGGGUCAGAGGAGGAGGGCAUCUCCGAGGAAGAGGAAUGCAACGAGAAUGAAUCUGCAAGUCCCCUAUCACUGCUAGAAUUCAUCACAAAUCACCAAUCCAACCUUGACGACGAAGACAAGGAGAAGGAUGAGAGUGAAGCCGUUGACUGCAUUUUGACAGAUAAUGGCAAGGAGUCCUCCAGGGCCACCAAGACGGCCCCCGUCCCAAUCUUCUCCCCCUGGGUCCUGCCUUCCGAUGAGCUGAAGUCCAAGCUCGAGUCAGUCUAUGCCGAGCGUCAGAAGGCGGAAAGUACAGACGAUGACGCAGGUGACAUCUGGAAGCUAGACCCCAACGCUCGGAGCUCCUUCCAGUUUGGCUCAGCUGGCCAGGAGACGGACCCUCCCGGGACAUCCCCGAGCGGACCGACAGUCUACCACCGAGAGACCAACAUGCGUGAUGCGGUUGCCAUGUCGACGGGCAUCGGGAAGCGACUGUCUCUCAAGCAGCAGCUAAGCGUUGACCCGGACCUUGACCAGAACAGGGCGAACUUGGAAACAACAGGCUUGCAAAGCCGCAGCAGCAUCAAGGAUACCCACUCCGGGAGCAGGAGCCCCAUCCCACCCUCUCCCACAAAUAAUAACUGGCCGAAGCUGAACCGCACACGGUCGGGCUCUGGCCCUGAAAGCGUGAAGGACAAUCGGCGAAAGUUGGACGACGUCGGCCACAAGACUCGAUUGCGCAUAGAACGGGACAGGGAGACCAAAUCCUCUGUGAGUCCUUCCAGCCCUGGCAUCAGCGAAGUUCCCCCAGCCACCCCUCCCAAGAGUAGGACGACUGGCCAGACCCUCACAGUGCCAGUCAAGACUGAGACAAAUGGGGAGCCGGCUGGACAGAAAGGUGCUGAUGCUUCCCUUGGGGAUUCCUUGCAAGCCUUCCAUCGGAGGAAGAAGAGCAUGGCCAUCGCACUGAGCGAGGGUCUGCUAGACCUCCAGGCAGAGCACGCUGCCUCUGCGGAAAAGACCUCGGAGCUCCAGAUGGUGUCACAGAUCAGCCAGCUCAACCAGGAGCUGAUGCAGUUGACGCAGCCUUCUCCCCCAGGCACCCCGCCCACCCCAAGCCACCUUUCCAAGGGUCUGAGGAGGUCCAGCAGCCGGGGCAGUUUGGCUUCCCUCCCGGGCUCAUCCACCAGCCCCAGGACUAGUUUCCCGGGCAUGCGGUUGUGGAAGUCGGUCGCGCAGUUCCAAACAAAUGUUGACGAGUCAUCAGCAAGCCCACCGAACAAUUUGCCAAACAAUAUGCCGAUGUCAGACAAAGAAAAGUCGUCGACACUUCCUGCGAUGAAGAGGACUUCUCUAAAAGACGACGAGGAUAUUAAAGAGAAGAUGGUUUCUCCCAAGGUCAUCCUGUCCAGGAUCAAGCAAUGGAGCAGGAAAAAAGGCCAGUCCAAAACCAAGGCUAGGCCCGAGAUUGUGAAAUUAGACCCAGAGCUGCCUCUGCAAGGUUUAAAGAAGAAAGAUGGAGAGGAGGAGAAGGAGGAAAAUGAUAGCUCCUCAACUCCAAGGAAGGCAUCUCCGUUGCAUCUCACCGACGAUGCCUACAUUCACAAGGACACGCCCGAGCCACCUCAGGACCCCCUAGUUGCCCUGUGGCCUGUCCCCAUGAGCAAGGACACGGCCCUGCGAAAGACCUGGCACGGCACGCCCUCCCGCAAGGCUAGGGAUGCAGAGGAUGAGGCUGGGGACGACCGGCGGCCAGGCCGGUCCAGCUUCCAGCGCUGCAGCUCCCUACGGGCCCCAAUUCGGCAGCGCAAGCGGGGCCUGUCACCCAUGGAGAACGCCCACCUGGUGGCCUUGCAGUUGAGCUCAGAGACCAUCCCAGGGAGCAGCGUGGACAGCGGGAUCGUCAAAGACAGGGGGACAGAAGAGACCUUUCUGGCGGGUGAUAGUGACACAUCCAGCAGCAACUUCUGUAGUCCCUGCUCGUCCCUGGGCAGUAGCAACCCACCAUCUCGACCUUUGUCCUCUGACCUUUUGGACCUACAGUGGGAGAAAGGGUCAGUGGACAGUCAGGCCGUGGCCAACGGGGGCCUACUUGAGGAGCGGAAGUUAUCAGCUGUCUCGAUUGGUCGAAGGGAAUCUGGGACUGGAAGACCAAGGCGUUCUAUGGUCUCCCAGCUCAGCCUCCCGGUAGGGUUCCAGUGUGCUGGCCCAGAAACCCCAGAUAGCGUCACCUCCCCAAAGAAGGUCACCUUCUCCCUGGACGAAGACCUGACCAAGAAAGCCAUGGAAGAGGACCUGAGGCGCCUUCCCAAGCCCCUGCAUCUGCCCCGCCGGGUCAAGACGGACCCCGUGGACACGAAGACCAUCGCUGGCGUGGUGAAGGAGAUCGAGGAGGAAAACGCAGACACACCCGGCCCCGCCCGGAAGCAACUGAGGCGCCGCGCCCAGUCCGACCUCUCCAGCGCCAACAAGAGGAGCCGAGAGGAGGUUGUCUCGCCCGUCCCUCCUGCCAUUACAGAGGAGAGGGACACGGAGAAGAACGGGACCCUGGCUCGGCCCAAGAGCAUCCCAGAUCACCUGUCGCUCCUGGACAGGGAGGGAUCAAAAGCCCCGCCCAGGAAGAACUCCCUGGCAGACCUCAUCGGGACGGAAGUUGGAGAGGUCUUGUCGACGUUUGGAGACCAGUACAACUUUGAGGCAUACAGUCCCGACACCAUGCCCACCUUUGCCGAGGCCCUGUGGGACCAUGUGACCAUGGACGAGUCAGAGCUGGCCUUUAAAGCGGGUGACGUGAUUGAGGUGACGGACAUGAGGGACAAGAACUGGUGGUGGGGCUGCCGGGAGGAGGUGGAGGGGUGGGUACCUGCCCAGUUCCUCAGGUUGAGAGUCAGCCAAGGGGAGACGGUGGAGGAGUGCAUGGAGCGAUUGAAGGAGGAACGGGAGCAGAUCAAGAGGGCCCCCGCCGCCGCGGCAUCGGCAGCCGCCGCCAAGAAGGCCCGCAAGGUCAGCCUGAAUUUCCUGAGCAAUGAGCAGGUCCGGGCAAAGGUCGUGGAGGAGAUCAUUACCACGGAGCGGGACUACGUGCACAACCUGCGGGACGUGUGUGAGGGUUACAUCCGGCAGGCCGCAGACCGGCCUGAGAUGUUCUCGGUGGAGAUCAUGAACAACCUCUUCGGCAACAUUGAGGAGAUCUACAGCUUCCAGAAGGGCUUCCUGCUGCAGCUGGAGGCCUCCAUCAUCCAGGACCAGCCCCAGCUGAGCAGGAUAGGAGGAUGCUUCCUGGAACACAGGAGUGGCUUUGAGACGUAUUCGGAAUACUGCAACAACUACCCAACCGCCCUGCGCGAGCUUAAACAAUUACGGGAAAAGCAGAAAUACGACCAGUUCUUUGAGGCCUGCCGCCUCCUCCAGAACAUGAUCGAGAUCAACCUGGAGGGCUUCCUCCUGACGCCCGUCCAGAAGAUCUGCAAGUACCCACUGCAGCUGCGAGAGUUGCUCAAGUACACUCGGCCCCACCACGCGGACUACCAGGAGCUCAGGGAGGCCCUGGAGGUGAUGAAGGAGGUGGCGGUCAGCAUCAACGACCGCAAGCGGCGGGUGGAGAACAUCGAGAAGAUCGCCGCCUGGCAGAAGUCCAUCGGAGACUGGGAGGAUGAAGAUCUGCUCGAGAAAAGCACCCAGUUAAUCCACUCCGGAGAAAUCACCAUGUUGGUUGGUAAACGAUGGACUUCAGGCAGACGGGCGUUCCUAUUUGACCACCAGCUGGUAGUCUGCAAAAAGGAUUGGAAGGGAACAUUACAGUAUAAGAAACGGAUUGAUCUGGACGUGAGCGAAGUGUCAGAUAUGCGAGAUGGCAAAGACUUGCAGUGGAACAUCACCGUCAAGAACGCCUUCAAGAUCCACAACACGUCGCUGAACAAGCUGCACAUCUUGUGCUGCAAGGGGGAAGUGGAGAAGCAGGAGUGGCUCAAGAUGUUUGCCAAGGAGCGGGAGUCGGUCAUGAAGGACCAAGAGAAAGGAUUCUGCAUACCAGCAGCGUCACGUGAGGCAGCCAUGAAGAAUGUGAUGGCUGGUGAUCAGCCAAGCAAACCUCAAGAUAUGUCAGUUGUCACUCGUAAGGUGUCCACGAUGCCCUAUGCUUACCAGCACAAGAUUCUUGAAACCUCCAGCAAGAAAGUACCUCUCCCAAAGGCGAUCUCAUCCACUGAUGUCUUUAAGAAGAAGGGCAAGGGCCUCUUCGGCAUCGGCAAGAAGUGAGGGCGACCUCUCAGUGACCCAGCAGUUGAGGGCGAUCUAACAAGAAAGCACCACUCUUUCAGGAGAUGUGACCCUUAGCUAGAGGGUACCCUGACGAGAAAGUUCUUGAAAGAAAACCCAGAAGAAUGGAAUCAGAGUCACGUUCAGCAAGACUUAGGGUUGGCUGCUCAUGAUCUGCCAGUAGAGGGCGUCCUUGGAGGCUUGUAUCUUCUCAGAGAGAUUUAUUCCACAUUGCAUGUCAUCUUCUUCAAAUGGCUUCAAGAGAAGCAGUACCUGUUUGCCAAGAACGAUACUGUCAGCCUGCCUUAAACCCAAACAUCCAUCUCUUCUUCGACAGUGUCAUUCCUUGUCACACAAGGAGGAAUACUUCAGGUGAACGAAAUGGCCAUUGUUCAAGAGAAGGCCACAGUAGAUGAGGUGGUCUGUGCAGAAAUAUUUUUUUAGCUAUUAUCUGUGCUAAUGAUUGAAUGCAACCAAUUAGGAUAAGUGUAGUGAAUAUCGACUAGGAUUCUUUUCCUAUUUAUUUUAAUUACAUAAGUUUAAUUGGUCAGUAAAUAUGUGCCGUAAAAAGCUCCGAGCAGACUUGGAUAAGUCGAGCGGCUUGCUGUGGCUGCUUUACCAAUCACAUGCUGAUUUCAUGGAGCUUAAACACAGAAGCAUACAUGCACUUUUACAAAGAAAUGUGUAGUUCGUUACUUUCAACCUUGUGUAUUUAAUAAUGUGCACAGCAAAUGCAUAUCACUGUUCCUAUUUCAGAGAGGUGUUGCGAACAGCCUCAGCCCUGGGAAAGAUCACGCAGUCUUUUGUUUGUGUAUUAACUGGCUGAACCAUAUGCAAAAUCUGACUUUUUUUCUUGUCCCUUUUUUGACGUACCGCCGCCUUGUGAAAUUCUGUGAAAGUAGACUUUGGGUAUUCGUGACUGUAUUUUGCUUAAUUUGAAAUCGCACGUUAUUUUUUCAUGAAAUAGUUUAUCUUUUGAUUGAGUGUUUGUUAGAAAAUUGACAUAUGCCAAAAAGGUCUCAAAAAUUACCAAACUUGACAGUUGACUUCAUGAAAUUAUAUUUUAAUUUUCGUUUUUCAAAUUGUCUUCCAAAGAAGUGUCACUUAUUACCAAGGGCCUUUCAGAGAUGCAAAAGUACUUUUUCAGAUGAUGAGUGUUUAUUUAUUUUGUGCUAUGUACAGAAUUAAAGUAAUUGGAGAAGGCUCAUAAUUAGUAUUUGAAUAAAUUUAGUUAAAGGUUUCUGUUGAUGCUUUGAUCAGCCGGCUGGUCAUUGCUUUUUCUUUUCAUUUAUAAAUAAAUUCACUUUGAAUCAAACAAAUUGUUUGUAAAUGAUGCCAUAUUUGAGUGGGCAUCAAAACAGAGGUAAAUCAGUGAAUUGAAAAAAAAAUUGCUUUUUUUUUAAGUUCGUAAAUAUUCAUAUAUUUCUGUUGGACCUAACCUAGAAAGCGGUGAUACGUAUUUGAAUUUCCAAGUUUGAGUUUUUGGAGAAUCUGUCAUCAAUUCAGACCUGAUAUGUUUGUUAUAUAACUUCAAACAUUCAUCUUUCUCUCCUUUCCUUUUUCAUUCUUUGCUUGAACUCAUUUUCCCUUGAAUUUAUUUGUUUGCAUUUUUUCAAACAAAUUAUGUAUAACUGAAACGUUUGUUGUAAUGCUGCAGCUGUUGAAAUGAUUGGCUGCUCAUUGUGAGCUUUCUGGAAAUCGAUCUCCCCCCAGCCAAAGGAAGUUAUUUUUCUUCAGAAUAUUUCAGUUCACUUCGUUGCAGCAGCCUCUUUCUGCUCAUUCUACAAGAUGCUUAGCUUCAAUUCUGCUAACUUGUGUACGAAUUUGGGUUUGAAGGAGUAGGGAAAUACAACUUCGUUUUUCAAAGAAACCUUUUUCAUUAUGACAAUUGGCUGUGCGUUUGGAAACCAUGUUUAAGCCUAUCUUGUAAACCUCAACAAGUAUUUAAACCCAAUUAUAUAUUUAUUCACGUUAUAUUUCAUGUUCUUUGUAAGCAAUACUUGACAUUUUGAGAGCUUAGUGUGUUGUGGAACAUCUUUUUUAUCGGCCAGGGUUCAUCUUUAUCUUUUCUGGCUAAAAUUGGAUGUGUGCCCAAAACAGGUGCAAACCGCAAAGUAACAUUUUACCAAUAUCGUGCCUCGUUUGUGUUGAAUUAAGGAUUAUUGCACAGAUGCAGAUUUUUAUGCAAGUUCAACUUUUCAUUAUGUCAAUUUCUUGAUUUGAAUUUUCUUUGCCAACCUUAAAUGGUCUAAGCAGUCACAAAUAGAUUCAUGUUCUUAUGAUUCAAGCAUCAUAUUCACUUUUUGAUGUGUAAAUUUGCUUCCACGCCAUUUCCGGAAAGAAGCAUGUAAAAUAAACAGUAAUCGUGCAGAAACAUUUCAGAAUAAAUACUCUGUAAUGUCAUUCAGUAACUGAAUUUCAUGAAACUUCCAAGUAAUUUUCUGAAAGACGUAACUAGAUGUUUAUUUGUACAUAGACUGUACCUUCUUUUUGAUUGGCUUUACCUGUUGUAAACAUUAUGUACUUUUGUAAAUCUCUGUGUACAUGUAUCUAACUUCCAUUAUACCUCAGAGCUACAUAAAUAUUUUGAAAAAAGUCCUGUGUAUGAUCGUUAAAGACAGUUUAUGAAAGAUUUGGGUGCUUCGUUUACACAUGAGAUUGAGUUAAUGACGUGUAAAUAAAAGAAUUUGUUCGAAUUGUAUGAGUAUA